CAUUUAUACCUAUUGGCUAUUUAAGUUUCAAUCUUCCUUCCGCGGGCAAAUUUCAUACAAUCUUAGGGUUUCUCUGUAAAGCAUGAGCUUCACCCAAUUCGAUGGCAGUGCGGCCUUCUCUGGCGGUGGGUUCAUGCCCCCUCAGGCCGCCCACUCAGGCACCGACACCACUUUCUCUUCCACCAAGAAUCGUGACAUCCAGACACUGCUUCCACUGACAGUGAAGCAGAUAACUGAUGCUUGUGUCUCAGCAGUUGAUAAAUCAGAAUUUGUUAUUGACAGUGUCGACGUGAAUAAUGUUACACUUGUUGGGAUGGUGCGUGAAAAAAUUGGAAGAAUUACAGAUGUUGCUUUCUUUCUUGAUGACGGAACUGGACGGAUGGAGUGUAACAAGUGGUUUCAUGAAGCAAAAGACGCAAAUGAAAUGGAAAGAAUCUUGGAUGGAAUGUAUGUCCGGAUUCACGGACGCUUGAAGAGCUUUCAGGGUAAGAAGACCCUAAAUGUCUUCUCUAUUAGGCCUGUGAGUGACUAUAAUGAGAUUGCCAGCCACUUCAUUGAGUGCAUCUAUGUCCAUUUAUACAACAGCAGAUUACGGAAACCACCUGCUGAUUUUGGUGUCACAGCGCAACCACAUAUGACAUUUCCAACAAAUCAGUUAUCUGGCCAAUAUAGCUUCGAUGGACAGAGUAGCAUUGAAGUAAAGGUCUUAGAAAUUUUGAGCCACCCUUCAUACCUUGGAAGGGAAGAGGGGGCGCACCUUGAGGAUAUAGCCCGACAACUGAAAAUUCCAGCGAAUGAUCUCAUGUUAGCUAUUGACAAUCUUGUACAGGAAGGCAAAGUUUACUCAACAGAUGACUUUCACUACAAAUCAACUGCGAAUGCUUGAGUUACCUCUAUAUGACAGUUUUAGCCUCAAUUAGGUUGCGCUCUUUUACGUUAUUCUGUGAAGCCUUGAUGGUACAACUAGAAACGCGAGAUAUACAGAGGAUUGCAUAUUGAAGUAGCUAUCAGCACUUUUUUGCCUUUUGUUCGUAGAAUCCAAGUAUCUUAACUGUAGAAAGCUACUAAUAGUGGGGAAUUCGUUUUCCACCUGAGCAGUCUAUUCUUUUUGUGUUCCAUUUGUACAUAUUCUCUUUUGGAUUGAUUGUCCAAUUCCUCUACUAGAUUUGCACGAGGUCACGCAGUUUAUGAA